AUGUCUUCCCAUGGUGGUGUUGGUAGAAGUAGUAAUGGUGGUGGUAGGGAGGGCUUACGAAACGAGGCGGAUCGGAACAUUUCUUUCCAUGGUGGUGGUGAAGGUGGCGAGGGUGAUGAUGAUGGUGGUGGUGGUGGUGGUGAUGGUGGUGGUGGAGAGGGUUUGCGGAAGGAGGUGGAUUCUAACAUGUCUUCCCAUGGAGGUGGUGGUAGUAGUAGUGAUUGUGGUAGGGAGGGUUUGCGGAAUGAGGCUGAUCGGAGCAUGUAUUGCCAUGGUGGUGGUGUUGGUUCUGAAGUUGGUGGUGAUAGGGAGGGUUUGCGGAAGGAGUUAGAUUCGAACAUGUCCUGCCAUGGUGGUGGUGGUGGUAAUAGUAGUGGUGGUGGUAAUAGUAGUGGUGGUGGUAGGGAGGGUUUGCGGAAUGAGCCGGAUCGGAACAUGUCAUCCCAUGGUGGGAUUGGUGAUGAUGAUGAUAGAGUUGAGUUAUUGGAGCUUGGGUCUGUGCAUGUAACUGGCUCCAUUUUGCUGUUUUGGUUUCAGGUUUUGCAUUGGCAUAUCGUGUUUGUGUAUAUAAAGGCCAGAUGCACGAUUGACCACUAG